CAUUAAGGCCUAAGAAUGAAUAUCAGCAGAAAGGACUUCGAUUCGAAGUAGUGUUAUUCGUUACAGUCUUUGAACGGACGGCUGCAAACAAGAUCGGUGGUUAAAACCAACCUGCACGGCGACACGGACACACCGUCGGCUUGCGUAACUGAUCCGAUCCGCAGUCCCUACCAUGAACGCCACAUCGUUUUACCUUCGUCAACUGUAUUCGGGUCGCCGCGAAGUGAACUACGGGAACACGGUGUUAGUGCGGCGUAGCAACGGCAAAUGGUGGCUGGGGUACGUACAGGACAUCGAUGGCGAUCAGUUCUUCGUUGACUUUGACGCCAGCACCAUCAGCGCCCAAUGGAUUCACUCCCGGGCAAUCUGGCCCCACUAUUUCCUUGGUAACGUGCGCCCAUAUUAUGGUUCUUCCGUGCAGGUGGCGGUGCGGGAUGUCGAGAAUGGCCCGCUGGUCUUCCGCAGUGGAACAAUCAUCGAAGGUGUCUGUAGCGGGACAUUCGUGGCUGUGCGCCUGAUGAAUCGCAAUCCGAGGAGUGUAGAGAGUCCUUGUUUUGUACAUUCGUCUCAGCUAGUCAGCAAACUGCCGGUGCCCGACAAAGACCCGAACUUCUUCGGAAAAUGCAAGGGAUUCGUCUACCGUAAGCAUGUCAUCGGUUUUGAACAAGCGCAUUUAUUGCGUGAUGUGCGUUUUCUGCCCAAGUAUUUGUUGCGCACGUGCCGCUUAAAGCUGGACAACUUUGAUCGCGGGUGCAACGCCAGUUGUCGGUUGAAACGGUGCGAUAUCACGGAAUCGUACACCAUUCGGUUCCAGUGUUUAGUGCACCAGCGGGAUCAUGAGCUGGAUGUUAGCUGCCGAAUGUUCGCAAAACUGGGGACGGACUCGGUGAAAUUCGUCUGCGGCGAACUGCACGGCGACGCCGCCGGGUGCAGCAUGAUCUGGAAUACUUGGACCCUGACAGAAGCAUGUCGAACCUGUCUUUCUGAGCAACAACUGGGGAUGGCCGGCCAGAUCAUUCCCGUAAAUUGUGGAAUCACCACUUCUCAGCUUGAUGAGGGAGAGAUUAACAUCACGGAUUUUCCCCAUCCGAUUGUGUCCCAGAUUUUGUACAAUCUGGAUAUUGUUACUCGCUACGUAUCGAUGCGCCGGGUUUGUGCGCUGUGGAGGAUCUUGCUGCAGGAACACGCAGCUGACCACGAUAUCGUCUUCGACGUCCAUUCUCUGUGCUUUAAAAGACCAUCCGAUCGCGAAUUCUCCGUUGAAUAUGUCUAUUUCGCGCACAAAAUAGUAGUGUUGCUGAAGGACUUCAUAUCGCCGUACACUCGCACCUUGAUUUUUACGGAUGACAGCCAGCAACACCAUCAUUACACGAACCGAUGUAACUUCCAGCAGGCCUUAUACGAGAGCACGCAGAUACUGAAACUCAAGGCCGUUCGCCUGCCGCUGCUAAUCGUCAAGAAUGGUGGAGAUGUCGCGGAGGAUAGGACGCAGUGCUUUCUCUCCAUCACCCGCAAUGCGCAGGGACAGUUCGGAUGUCAGCAGUUGGCGUGGCUCGGAUCCGUGUGUGACGAACUGCUGCUCAUCAACUACACCGCAUCCAUUCCCUCCGCCUGUAAUUCUCUACUCACGACGUUGUUCUACCACGUUGACCACACCUGGCUGGACGACGGGCAUAUGAUGAGACGACAGGACGAAAGUGCGCACCUCAACGUGGUUAUUCCGUUCCUGCGCUUCCGUCGCACGGAGACGCCUGCGGAACAGUGCCGACGCUUCGUCGCCUCCGUUAACGAGCGCUGCCCGGCCGUUAGUCCCGAGGUCUACGCAAAGGUCAAGGGAGUGCAUGCGCGCUGGGUGCAGACGCUGUGUUAUCCCUUCCAAUGGACGGGCAUCCGCAUGUUCCUUGAUCUGUUCAGUUGUGCCCGCCCUGGCAGCCAUCCACAGCGGUGGACCGGAGUGGAUCUGCGGCAGCUGGAUGUCACGAUGUUGAGUCCACUGGCCUUGCACAUUCUGGACGGAUACUUUGCCGACUGA